CCCCUUUCUUCCUCCUCCUCUUUUGUCUCCCACGGACUGAUCCUCCCUGCACCUGGUCUUUCCUCUUCAUUCUUUGAGCCCUAACGCUGUUGAAAUUAGCUGCGUGGAUAUCAUCUCCCGUUCCUCCUUCAAACCUUGGCCUUAACACUAGAUGCUGACCUUUGACAUCUCCUUCGAGCCCUAACCCUAACCCUUACUCUAACCCUGAAUUUGGAAAACCGACCUCUUCUUCAGCCCCUAAUCCCCUGGAUUUUAGUUCGAUCUGAGUGAACUAUAUCAGAAUUAUCUACUUCUGCCCUAGUGAAAAAAAUUCCCGAAAGGCUCUGUUGCCCGAGAACCUUCUGGUUUAUGACCAGCAAUUUUUCGAAUUUUAAGAUCUCAAGCCUGCUCGAUAUUGUUCUAUUUGCACUUUGGAAAGUAGGAAGGCCAUAGAUGCAUGGGCAUAGCUGGCACCUUCUCUCUUGGUAAAUGCUACUAUUGAUUCGAUGGGAGGCAUUGUCGAUUGUGGAGUUGGUGCAGACGCCAAAACUUCACCUCGUCGUGCAGCAAUCGAGAAGGCACAGGCAGAGCUGCAGCAGGAAUGUGAUGUACGUGAAGAAAGGAGAAGGGAACUAGAAUUUCUUGAAAAGGGGGGAAAUCCUCUAGAUUUUAAAUUUCCUCAUGCAGCGUCAAUUAGUGUACAGUCUACUUCGCUCACAGAUCAACUGGCUGAGCAAUAUGUGAUCAGUGAAGCACGAGGUAGCUUUGCAUUAGCUGCCUCACCCCAUGGAGAUUCUGUUGAAAGCAGUGACAGACCUGGAGGUUAUUUGAGCCGUGAACCUAACAUUGCGGACAAUCUUUUGCUUUUGGAUGGAGAUAACAGUAAUCUUGGUGGAGAAAGGAACUUUAAACAUAGUGGUAAAAGUGGUAAUAUAGCUCGAUUGGAACAAGCAUCCCAGAUUGAUUUUUCUGCAAAAGAAUCAGAGGAUUCUGUUAUUCCUCGUUCGGGGGGUAGGAGUCAAGCGUAUGCACGACGCAACAGGUCCAGAACAAGUCGUGAUAGUGGCAAUGUAGGUUCAACUGAUUUAGUUCUGCGUCCUGGUAAUAGAUCUUUAGCUAUACUUUCUGCUCGACCCAGUCCCAGCAAUGCAAAGGGUUGGGAAGCACAAGUGGAGGACCAUGCUAUUUCUUCCAUUUCCAACUCAAAACCAGCAAGCCCAAAUGUUAAUAUUGUAUCAAAAAAUUUUGCUUCUGAUGAUCAUGUGGAUAUGGAGCUGGAUACAGUGCAAACUCAUCAUGCAUGCACUGAUAUGAUAAAAGAUGUAGUGCCAGAAAGAGCAAUGGAAGUUAAAUCUUCUGAAAAGUUGCAGGAUAAUGACCACAAUAAUCAGCAUUCUCAUGUAAUUGCUGACCGAGCUACCAAUGGUACCACAUCUCGUUCAUCUGAUAUCUCUGGAAAAGAUGAAGCUCUUUCUGUUGGUUUUCUUCCCACUCUCCAUGAGUCUACUGAGGUUAUUAAAGAUACCAGUAAUGCUGAAAAGGUGAAUGGCUUUAGUGCUCCAGAUAACAAUACAACUGAAGUGCAUGAUCUGAAUACAAAAACUUGUGUCGCUGACUCUGUUCCUGAAGCCUUAAGUAUGAGUAACAUAAAAACAGAUCCCCCUUGUCUCAACAUGACUAAUACAAGUGUUGGAAAUACAGAUGGUGACCAGCAUUUGAUGCCGGGGAAGAUUGAUGGCAGUUCACAUGGAGACUCCAAAGGCCAUUCAAUGUUUGAAGAGGCCUCAUCCAGGCUAGAGAACAAGGAUUUAAAGGAGAACAAUCAGUUGAUUGCAGUUGAUGUGCUCAUUAGUGGUAAUGAUGAGUCCAGAUCUGUUCAGCCGAACCCCGGCAACUCGGUUAUUCAUAUUAAAGAUGAGGUGGAAGUUUGUGAUGGUAGAGCUGACAUGCAGGGGGAAGUGAGUCCUUUUACUAAUGUCCAGUCUAUGAUACUAAAUGGUGAUAUACCAGAUAGGAAGCUGGAUAAGUCUUUAGGAGAUUUCAAUUCCAUUAACAAGUCUGGUAUAGAUGCAAGCACAAUUGUUUCCUCCACUUGUGAACCUGCAAUCACUGCCCCCGAAAAGAGGAAUUCCACUUCUACCUCUGAGGUUCAGAACUGUGCUGCAAAUCACUUGAAGUUGGCGAAGAAGGCACAUGAAGAUGCUGUUCUGAAAGAGGCUCGAAUAAUUGAGGCGAACCUUAAGAGAGCCGGUGAGUUGUCUAUGUGCAACAUUUUUUCAGAAAAGCGACACAAAUGUCAUUGGGAUUUUGUUCUUGAGGAGAUGGCAUGGAUGGCAAAUGAUUUCAUGCAGGAGCGCCUGUGGAAGACAACCGCUGCAGCCCAAAUGUGCCAUUGGAUUGCUUCUAGUGGUCGAGCAAAGUUUGAACAGGUAAACAUGUGGCGAAAGCAGAAAAAUGUGGCUAGAACUUUGGCAAAGGCUGUCUUCCAUUUUUGGCGUUCAGCUGACACUUUGCGAACUAGUGGUGAGACACCUGAUAGCAUUGAUGGAGAGUGCAAUUCAGAUGUGCUUGGAUCGUUGAAGAUUAAUGGGGCUAAAGCUGAAAUACACCAGGGUAACACACAUGUUGAAGCAGAAAAAUCUGGGAACCUUCCCCGACUUGCUAUUAAGGAUUAUGCGGUUAGGUUUUUGAAGUAUAAUAGUAGCAUAUCAAGUUAUCCUGUCUUGGCUGAAGCACCAACUACUCCUGACAGGCUGUGUGAUACUGGCAUUUUAGAAAUGUCCUGGGAAGAUCGACAUUCUGAAGAGAGUCUCUUCUAUACAGUACCUCCUGGUGCAAUGCAGGCCUACAGAGAAUCCGUUGAGUCUGAGUGGGUGCAUUAUAAGAAAAUGGGCAACACCAUCCAUCAAGACGAUUGUGAGGCAUCCAUGUGUGAUUCUGUAGCAGAUGGAUCUCGUGAGAAUGCAUAUGAAGAGGAUGAAGGUGAAACAGGCACAUGUUAUUUGCCUGGAGCAUUUGAAGGUGGUUUGUCAUCGAAAUUUGCUCAUAAAAAGAGAAAAAACAUGCAACAGAAAUGUCCUGAGUUGUCUUAUGAGCCUUGCUUGGAAAGCAAGUCAGGAAAUCAAUCUUUGUCAUUUGGAAAAAGACCAUCAGGUACCCUUAAUGGUGUAUCAAUUCCGACAAAGCGUGUACGCUCGGCUGCUCGGCAACGGGUUGUGAGUCCUUUUAGCGCUGGAGUUACUGAGAGCCUACAAGUAACUAGUAAAACAGAUGUUUCAAGUGGAGACACAAAUUCUUUCCAAGAUGACCAGAGUUCACUGCAUGGUGGAUCCCUGCCCAGGAAAAACAUGGAAAUUGAAUCUACAGUGGACUUUAAGAGGCAGUUGUCAUAUGAUGGUAAUGAAAUAUCGACAAAAUCUAGAAAGAAGAAGAGGCCUAAGCAUCUGCGAUACAAGAACUCAUUGAAUUUGACUGACUCUAGUGUUUUAAUUGUUUCAGGAAAGGGUUCCUUGUAUGAACAGCGGCUGCAAGUUGAUUCCACAGUUCAACAUGAGCAGAAGGACCAUUUGAGAAAAAGAUUGGAGAAUCAGCAGUUUGAGUCAAAUGAGAACACUGUUGCAGUUAUUUAUGGGCAACAUGCUGCUAAGAAACCAAAGCUUUUGAAACAACUGCCAGAGACCUCCCCUGAAGCACUUACCCCAGUCACUGGGUCAAUGCCUUCUCCAGUUGCUUCCCAGAUGAGUAAUAUGUCCAAUACAAAUAAGCUAAUUAGAAUUAUUGCCAACAGGGAUCGGGGAAGAAAAUGUAAAACAUCAAAGAUGGCUGCUGGGCAGUCAGGAUCUGGAAGUCCAUGGUCAAACUUUGAGGACCAGGCGCUUGUUGUCCUUGUUCAUGAUAUGGGUCCAAACUGGGAGCUAGUAAGUGAUGCAAUCAACAGCACCCUCCAGUUCAAGUGUAUCUACCGGAAGCCUAAAGAAUGCAGGGAACGCCACAAAUUUCUAAUGGACAAGAGUGCUGGUGAUGGGGCUGAUAGUGCAGAAGAUUCAGGCUCAUCUCAACCUUAUCCAUCCACUUUACCUGGCAUUCCAAAGGGCAGUGCCAGACAGUUGUUUCAACGUCUUCAAGGACCCCUGGAAGAGGAUACUCUAAAGGCACAUUUUGAAAAAAUUAUUUUGCUUGGACAGCAGCUGCGUCCCUGUAGGAAUCAGAAUGACAAUCAGGAGCCAAAACAAAUCACUCCAAUACACAGUUCUCAUAUGGUUGCUCUUUCUCAAGUAUGCCCAAACAACCUGACUGGAGGCAUUUUAACGCCACUUGAUCUUUGUGAAGCAAUUGCUUCAAGCCCAGAUGUUCUUUCCCUUGGAUAUCAGGGAUCUCAAACAGGUGGUUUAGCAAUCCCAGGUCAUCAAGGUUCUAUGGCUUCUAUUUCUACCUCAAUUGUAAACACCAUGUUACAAGGAUCUCCUAAUAUGGUUUUAGGCAGCAGCUUACCAUCACCAUCUGCUCCAUUGAAUGUGGCUUCUAGGGAUGCCCAGAGAUAUGGUGUGUCAAGACCAACUUCUAUGCCAGUUGAUGAUCAGAGAAUGCAGCAGUAUAGCCCAAUGCUUUCUGGUAGAAGUCUCCAGCAAUCUACUAUGUCUGCACCUGCGGCUUUACCUGUGGGAGUUGAUCGUGGUGUUCGCUUGUUAUCUGGUGGGAAUGGUAUAGGGAUGAUGUGUGGGAUGAACCGAGGCAUGCCCAUGCCAAGACCAAGUUUCCAGGGAAUGGGCCCACCAGGCAUGCUAAACAUGGUUUCCACCGGAAAUAUGCUCCCAAACAGUGGGCAUGGAAUGCAAAAUCCUGUCAAUGUCCAUCCGAGUGUUGUUUCUGGCUCAGGAAACCCAAUGUUGAGGCCACGUGAUGCUCUGCAGAUGCUUCGUCCUGGUCAGAAUACGGAGGAUCACAGGCACAUGUUGAUUCAAGAACUCCAGAUACAAGUUUCGCAAGGGAAUGGUCAGGUUGUCACUCCUUUCAAUGGCAUGAGCGCCUCAUUUUCUAACACAACAGCUCCCCCUUCAAUUCAGACAUUUCCAGUUCCACAACACCAACAAUCUCAUCAGAUGCCACAACAGGCACACAUACUUGGAAAUUCUCACAAUCCACAUAUUCAAGGAACAAACCAGUCGAGCCCUCAGCAGCAGGCCUAUGCUUAUCGCUUUGCUAAAGAAAGGCCAUUUCAACAGCGGAUGAUUCCUCAGACACAGCACCCUUUUUCUGGAUCCAAUGCCAUGUCAACUAUUCAAAAUAGUUCACAGAUCCAACAGCAGAACCAGACAUCUUCUCCGGUGAAUGCAAGUCCUUCCCAAGUGCAGCAUAAGCAGCAACAAAUGCCACGGAAUCUACAGUCAGGCUGUGGAAUGCCAAAUCAGGUUAUGAAGCAAAGACAGCGGCAACAGGUUCAACAGCAGCCAAAGCAACAGCAGCAACAAAGGCAACAGUCACAACAGCAAGCUAAGCUUAUGAAGGGUCUAGGCAGAGGGAGCAUGCUGAUGCACCAGAACUUACCCGUUGAUGCUUCUCAAGUCAGUGGCUUUUCAAGCUCUCCCAAGAACCAAGUUUCUGAGAAGCAUUUGAUGCAACAGGGCCAGGGUUUUUUUCCUGGUAACUUGGGUUUGAGUUCAACUUUGCCUCAAACUGGAAACCAACAAAAGAUGUAUUCUCGUGUGCUGCCUCAAUCAUCAAAGCAAAUGGCAUCAACGCCUUCUCACUCUGAUACUUGUAACCAAGGUUCAGUCCAUGGUUCUCCCAGUCCCACAAUGUUAGCUUCCCAGCAACCCACUGUUCCUUCUUCAUCCCCUCUGCCUAAUCAUCUUCAUCAUCAUCAGCAGCAUCAAAUGAAUACAUCUCAACAGAACAUUCAAAGAAUGGCACUCCAACAAAACCGCCAGUUGAACUCUGAUGGUAGGCUACACUCCUCGACUGAUCAGGUCCUAAAUAAUCAGAUGAUUCCAACUGCAUCUGUUUCUCAUGGCACAGAUUCGGGCACUUCUGUUCCUGUGGUUUCAUCUGCAGCACAGUGGAAACCGGAGUCAUCGUACAGUGUGGGCUCACCAGGUCCAACAGCACAUUUGGCUAAUUCUCCAACAGAAAAUUUAGUGGGAACUGAAACCAUAAUACCCACUUCCAGCCAAGGAUCAGUGCAAAGACAGUUUUCAGGAAGUGUUUCGAUGCAUGGAAAUAGUGGAGGACAGUGGCAGCAACAGCAGCCUCAGCCUCAGCAGCAGCAACAGCGGCAAGCAGCACAAGGCACUUUAUAUGCACAGCCAUCAAACUCAGGGCCAGGGUAAUAAAGACCAGUGCUGGAUCUUUCUGUUAUCAAGAAGCAGAUACCACAUCCCUCGUGAACCUAGUGUACAGGUUUCCAGGCAAUGAAAGCUGAGGAAUACAAAAUAUGCUCUUUGAUUCCCAACUUGAGCUUAUCUCACUUCAAGGUACAUAGCUGCAACUUUGCCUUGCCUAAGGUCAGCUUCAGGGCACCAGCUACUUCAAAUUCCAUUGGCAUGCAGAAUUUGGACUGUAACACUGAUUGGGCUGUGUAAUAUAUAGUAAUAUAUAUAUAUUCUUGCCCAUAAUGUGCAUGGUCUUUUAAUGUCCUGGCAAGCAUUGUACAGUUGGUGAAUCUGCUUCCACAGUUGGCUGAUAAAAGUGUGUAAAAUUCUCAUCCAAUAGCAUUGUAUGUUCCCUGCUAGUGAUUAGAAAUGUCAAAUAAGCUUCUCCUUGGUUUCUUUAAUUUUCUUUUUUUCUAAGUGUGCACAAAAGUAAACCUACUAAAGGCGGCAAACUGAAGCCUUACAGU